UUUAUGGUUAUAUUGAUUUUGCUGGCAAGAGUUGACUUUUAUUUUUGAACUUUGUGCUUUUGUGUCUUGUGUUAAAAGUUUUGAUAGGAGCUUGCUAUGACACUUUGUCUGUUUUGGAGCUAACUUGUGCAGAGAAGAAUAUGUUUUUUAAGUUAUACAUAUUGUUAUACCUUUAAAUUCAAGAAAGUAUGGUUGUAUUGUAUUGAAAGAGGAGUGAAUUUGUAGAAUAGGUUGAAUGUAAGGGAUGAGUCAAAUAAGACUCACAAUGGCUUGUUUUCGGAGACACAAAAUUGAGGAAUUGAAAUUAGCCUAGUGCCUUCAUCUAUUGAUCAAGUCGCUAUAGUCAAAAGCUAGGCACAUGACCUUUUUUUUAGUUCCUUGAGGAUUGUAAAGUUAAGUGAGGCACAUGACCAAUUUUCUAGUUGCUUGUGGAUUUGUAAAGUUACGUGAGUUGAGUGCGGAUGCACAAAAUGUCUUCUUGACUUUGCAGAACUGAGCAUGAGGUUUGGAUCUUUGCUGAGGUUUUAAGAUUUCUAGUUGUAUAAAAAUCUGUUGGGGGCAAUCUAGUGUAUGAGGAAUUUUUUUGGAGCUGGUGAUCCGGACUAUUUCCCUCUCGAUGAUGAAGCUUAUCCCCCAUCAUCUCACUUGCGGACCUUGACCUCUGUUAUUUUGCGGGUCAUAUCUAGUAUUCAGAGUUUGCCUUGAUUUGCUCGCAGCGCGCAUUGAAAUAGUGUGUUAUCCCCAGAUAUAGAUUGAUCGAUGCCAGAAUAAAGAAUAAACCUUUACUUGUAUCACAUCAUCUUCAACCAACCUCCACACGAGAAGCCCAUAAUAGUUUCUUUAACUCUUGAAGUAUGUUGUGCAGCUCCAAUUGCUUAAACCCAGCUGAAACUAUGAGGCUUAUUGUCUCCAUAUGUUGCGGUGUCAUUUUUGGCUUAUUCAUUGGAAUUUCAUUUCCUACUAGUUCAUUAACCAAGCUAAAUAUUACAACCAGUAUGUUUGUGAGCAACUUCCCAAUUGCUAGAGACAGAAAUAACAUUGAUUCUUCGAUCAAAAAUCAGAAUGGUACACAUCAAGUGAAGAUUUGGGUUGAAUCAAACCCAAGAGGGGCAGAAAGAUUACCUCCAGAGAUCAUUGCUUCUGAGUCCGACUACUAUACCCGGAGAUUGUGGGGAAAACCCAAUGAGGACCUACCACCCAGCAAGCCAAAAUAUCUGGUAACCUUUACUGUUGGUAUUAAUCAGAAGUAUAACGUUGAUGCUAAUGUAAAAAAGUUCUCAGACGACUUUACAAUUCUUCUUUUUCACUAUGAUGGUAAGACGACUGAAUGGGAUGAAUUCGAGUGGUCAAAACGAGCCAUCCAUGUGAGUGCUCGGAAACAAACAAAAUGGUGGUAUGCAAAAAGGUUUCUGCAUCCAGACAUUGUCGCCCCAUAUGACUAUAUUUUUAUCUGGGAUGAAGACCUAGGAGUUGAGCAUUUUGAUGCCAAGGAGUACAUUAGACUUGUCAAGAAGCAUGGUUUGGAAAUUUCACAGCCAGGUUUAGAUCCCAAGAAAGGAACAACGUGGCAAAUGACAAAGAGAAGAAGUGAUGGUGAAAUUCACAUGAUAGCAGAAGAGAAACCUGGUGUGUGUCCAGACUCCCAUUUGCCUCCAUGUUCAGCAUUCAUAGAGAUCAUGGCUCCUGUCUUUUCCCGAGAUGCAUGGCGUUGUGUGUGGCAUAUGAUUCAGAAUGACUUGAUCCAUGGUUGGGGACUUGACUUUGCACUUCAUAAAUGUGUUGAGCCUGCUCAUGAGAAAAUUGGAGUUGUAGAUGCUCAAUGGAUUGUUCAUCAAAGUGUCCCUUCCCUUGGAAAUCAGGGGCAAUCAAAAGAUGGUAAGGCUGCAUGGAAAGGGGUGAGGGAGAGAUGUGAAAAUGAAUGGGCAAUGUUUCAAUUAAGGGUAGCAAAUGCAGAGAAAGCCUAUUUCAAGUCAAAAGGAAUUGAUCCUUCCAAUUUCAAGUCAAAAGGACUUGAUCCUUCUAGUUUCACAUCUCAUUGAGUUAAUUUAGUCAAAUUGAUGGUUAUACAUACUCUUGGCAAUUUUGCCUAGAUUCAUCUUGUAAAAUAGAUAGUCAAUAGUUCUUAAGAUACAUUAAAAAUUUUAAAGUAAAGAAAAUUAUAGAGAUUCUUUAAUAGAAUCGCAUACAUGAUUGCAAUGUACUUAUAAUAAAUUAAGUUUGAAAAAACAUUGGCCAUCCAUUAUGGUUAUAUUAAAGCCACUUUAAGUUUAA